GCAGCCUGCUCUUUGGCACGCAGGCAGAUAUUAAUUGGAAAGAUAAGCUGAGAUGAGCUCACAGAGUCCUGGGCUCCGUCAUAACUUGUGUUAUCGCUCAUUCUCGUGGGCAGCGCCCGGAAAAACCGACACUGCGAGUUCACGUGCAAACGAGCGCGCUCGGAUAGUAAAGACGGACAGAAGAUCAAUCAAGCAGAGAAGUUUUGACAUUUCUGUCAAUAAAGAUGUUAGUUUACCAAAGUGCUUCUCCUCUGUUUCUGUCUGCAAACACAAAGAUGCAGAGGAGGAGACCCCCACCUCCUCCGCAGAGGAGGAGACCCCCACCUCCUCCGCAGAGGAGGAGACCCCCACCUCCUCCGCAGAGGAGGAGUCCCCCACCUCCUCUGCAGAGGAGGAGACCCCCACCUCCUCCGCAGAGGAGGAGACCCCCACCUCCUCCGCAGAGGAGGAGUCCCCCACCUCCUCCGCAGAGGAGGAGACCCCCACCUCCUCCGCAGAGGAGGAGUCCCCCACCUCCUCCGCAGAGGAGGAGACCCCCACCUCCUCUGCAGAGGAGGAACCCGUGGUCUCACAGAGAAGCUUCUGAUGACACCUCCAGACACACUUUAGGGCGGGGCCCUGCAAUGAAUCCUGGCAAAAUUACGUCCCUUGAGGUGGUCUUAAGAGAACUGCAGACACACCUCCCCU